UUGUGGUGGUGCUUCGGGUGACAACGGUCAAUAAUGAAGGUGGCUGCGGCGCGGCAGCAAGCUCAGCUGCGCCGGGCGGGGGCGGUGCCGGGGCCGCGCCUGUAGGACUUCGGGACCGGCGCGGCGAGAUGGGGCCCCGGCGCGGGGAGUGAGGCGGCGGCGGCGGCGAGCGAAACUUCAGUCAGAGGGUCUCUCCCGCUUCCCCCUCUGGCUCGUCGGCCUCCGCCUGCAGCCCCUCGGCCCCCGCGUCCUGCGGGACAGGGACGGCGACGGCGGGGGCAUGUGGCGUUGGGUCCGGCAGCAGCUGGGUUUUGACCCACCUCAUCAGAGUGACACAAGAACUAUUUAUAUAGCCAAUAGGUUUCCUCAAAAUGGCCUUUACACACCUCAGAAAUUUAUAGAUAACCGGAUCAUUUCAUCUAAGUAUACUGUGUGGAAUUUUGUUCCAAAAAAUUUAUUUGAACAAUUCAGAAGAGUGGCAAACUUUUAUUUUCUUAUUAUAUUUUUGGUUCAGCUUAUGAUUGAUACACCUACCAGUCCAAUUACCAGUGGACUUCCAUUGUUCUUUGUGAUAACAGUUACUGCCAUAAAGCAGGGAUAUGAAGAUUGGUUACGACAUAACUCAGAUAAUGAAGUAAAUGGAGCUCCUGUUUAUGUUGUUCGAAGUGGAGGCCUUGUAAAAACUAGAUCAAAAAACAUCCGGGUGGGUGAUAUUGUUCGAAUAGCCAAAGAUGAAAUUUUCCCUGCAGAUUUGGUGCUUCUGUCCUCAGAUCGACUUGAUGGUUCCUGUCACGUUACAACUGCUAGUUUGGAUGGAGAAACUAACCUGAAGACACAUGUGGCAGUUCCAGAAACAGCAAUAUUACAGACAGUUGCUAAUUUGGACACUCUUGUAGCUGUAAUAGAAUGUCAGCAACCAGAAGCGGACUUGUACAGAUUCAUGGGACGAAUGAUAAUAACUCAACAAAUGGAAGAAAUUGUAAGGCCUCUGGGGCCAGAGAGUCUCUUGCUUCGUGGAGCCAGAUUAAAAAACACAAAAGAAAUUUUUGGUGUUGCUGUAUAUACUGGAAUGGAAACUAAGAUGGCAUUAAAUUACAAGAGCAAGUCACAGAAACGAUCUGCAGUAGAAAAGUCAAUGAAUACAUUUUUGAUAGUUUAUCUAAUAAUCCUUAUUUCUGAAGCCAUCAUCAGUACUAUCUUGAAAUAUACAUGGCAAGCUGAAGAAAAGUGGGAUGAACCUUGGUAUAACCAAAAAACAGAACAUCAAAGAAAUAGUAGUAAGAUUCUGAAAUUUAUUUCAGACUUCCUUGCUUUUUUGGUACUCUACAAUUUCAUCAUUCCAAUUUCAUUAUAUGUGACAGUCGAAAUGCAGAAAUUUCUUGGGUCAUUUUUUAUUGGCUGGGAUCUUGAUCUCUAUCAUGAAGAAUCAGAUCAGAAAGCUCAAGUCAAUACUUCUGACCUAAAUGAAGAACUUGGACAGGUGGAGUACGUGUUUACAGAUAAAACUGGUACAUUGACAGAAAAUGAGAUGCAGUUUCGAGAAUGUUCAAUUAAUGGUAUAAAAUACCAAGAAAUCAAUGGUAGACUUGUAUCUGAAGGACCAACACCAGACUCUUCAGAAGGAAAUUUACCUUAUCUUAGUAGUUUUUCUCAUCUUAACAACUUAUCCCAUCUUGCAACCAGCUCCUCUUUUAGAACCAGUCCUGAAAAUGAAACUGAACUUAUUAAAGAACAUGACCUCUUCUUUAAAGCAGUCAGUCUCUGUCACACUGUGCAGAUUAGCAAUGUUCAGACUGAUGGCAUUGGCGAUGGUCCCUGGCAAUCCAACCUUGCACCUUCCCAGUUGGAAUACUAUGCAUCUUCACCAGAUGAAAAAGCUCUAGUGGAAGCUGCUGCAAGAUUAGGCAUUGUAUUUAUUGGCAGUUCUGAAGAAACUAUGGAAGUUAAGACACUUGGAAAACUGGAACGGUACAAACUGCUUCAUGUUCUGGAAUUUGAUUCAGAUCGUAGAAGAAUGAGUGUAAUUGUUCAGGCACCUUCAGGUGAGAAGCUUUUAUUUGUUAAAGGAGCUGAAUCAUCGAUUCUCCCUGAAUGUGUAGGUGGAGAAAUAGAAAAAACCAGAAUUCAUGUAGAUGAAUUUGCUUUGAAAGGGCUAAGAACUCUAUGUAUGGCCUAUAGACAGUUUACAUCUAAAGAGUAUGAGGAGAUAGAUAGACGCCUGUUUGAAGCCAGGACUGCCUUGCAGCAGCGGGAAGAGAAAUUGGCAGAUGUCUUCCAGUUCAUAGAGAAAGACCUGAUAUUACUGGGAGCUACUGCAGUAGAAGACAAACUACAAGAUAAAGUUCGAGAAACGAUUGAAGCAUUGAGAAUGGCUGGUAUCAAAGUAUGGGUACUUACUGGAGAUAAACAUGAGACAGCUGUUAGUGUGAGUUUAUCAUGUGGACAUUUUCACAGAACCAUGAACAUCCUUGAACUUAUAAACCAGAAAUCAGACAGUGAAUGUGCUGAACAAUUGAGACAGCUUGCCAGAAGAAUUACAGAGGAUCAUGUGAUUCAGCAUGGUCUGGUGGUAGAUGGGACCAGUCUGUCUCUUGCACUCAGGGAGCAUGAAAAACUAUUCAUGGAAGUUUGCAGAAACUGUUCAGCUGUACUGUGCUGUCGUAUGGCACCACUGCAGAAAGCAAAGGUAAUAAGACUGAUAAAAAUCUCACCUGAGAAACCUAUAACACUGGCUGUUGGUGAUGGUGCUAAUGAUGUAAGCAUGAUACAAGAAGCACAUGUUGGCAUAGGAAUCAUGGGUAAAGAAGGAAGACAAGCUGCCAGGAACAGUGACUAUGCAAUAGCUAGAUUUAAAUUCCUCUCCAAAUUGCUUUUUGUUCAUGGUCAUUUUUACUAUAUUAGAAUAGCUACUCUUGUACAGUAUUUUUUUUAUAAGAAUGUGUGCUUUAUCACACCCCAAUUUUUGUAUCAGUUCUACUGUUUGUUUUCUCAACAGACACUGUAUGACAGCGUGUACCUGACUUUAUAUAAUAUUUGUUUUACAUCCCUACCUAUUCUGAUAUAUAGUCUAUUAGAACAGCAUAUAGACCCUCAUGUAUUACAGAACAAGCCUACCCUCUAUCGAGACAUUAGUAAAAACCGUCAACUAAGCAUUAAAACAUUUCUUUAUUGGACUCUCUUGGGUUUCAGUCAUGCCUUUAUUUUCUUUUUUGGAUCCUAUUUUCUAAUUGGGAAAGAUACAUCUCUGCUUGGAAAUGGCCAGAUGUUUGGAAACUGGACAUUUGGCACCUUGGUCUUCACAGUCAUGGUUAUUACAGUCACAGUAAAGAUGGCUUUGGAAACUCAUUUUUGGACCUGGAUCAAUCAUCUUGUUACCUGGGGAUCUAUUUUAUUCUAUUUUGUAUUUUCUUUGUUUUAUGGAGGGAUUCUCUGGCCAUUUUUGGGGUCCCAGAACAUGUACUUUGUAUUUAUUCAGCUCCUAUCAAGUGGUUCAGCUUGGUUUGCCAUAAUUCUCAUGGUUGUUACAUGUCUAUUUCUUGAUAUUGUGAAGAAAGUGUUUGACCAACAGGUCCAUCCUACAAAUAUUGAAAAGGCACAGAUGUACUCCAACACAGUCGCUUUAAGUGAUGAGUUCAUCGCACUGCAGCCAUUGUCGAGGGCAAGGAAUCAGCUGAGCAAACUUAGCUUACUGAAACAAAUUCAAGUAUCAAGUGCUUGGACUCCAUGUGCUGUUUCUCAGAAGGAGAAACAGCAUGCGCGUCUAUUGGAAGAAUGCUGGAACGAGUAAUCGGAAGAUGUAGUCCAACCCAUGUUAGCAGAUCAUGGAGUGCACCGGAUCCUUUCUAUACCAACGACAGGAGCAUCUUGACUCUCUCCACAAUGGACUCAUCUACUUGCUAAAGGGGCAGUAGUACUUUGUGGGAGCCAUUUCAACUCCUUUCCUAAAACUCAGUGUGAGCAUCCUGGUAAUGGCCACACUAGCUCUGCAGAAUUAGUCUGACAUCUCUGGAGUAGUUCAUACCCACUCAAAGUUAUAAUGGCAAGCAAACAAAAAUCAUUAACAUGCACCCCUCUCAGCUCCCUUUAAUUUAAAUCUGAACAUGUUAAAAUUUGUGAAUAAAGAGACAUUUUUCAUCUCUUUAUCUGGGUUGUCUCAUGUGCUUAUGGGACUCCUAAUGGCAUUUCAGCCUCUUGCUAAGGCCACUAUAUUUUAAUAUCAAGGUAAAAAAGAGGUAAUUCCUGGUUAAUUGUAUUUUUAGUAUUAGCUUGGUUAUUGAGUCUUCUAUUUAAAUUUGCUUCUGUAAAUUAUGCUGAAGUUUGCCUUGAAAACUCUAUUUUUUUAUUAGAGUUAUAUUUGAAGCUUUUCAUGGGAAAAGUUAAUGUGAAUAGUAAGGAAUUUUGGUCCCUCAGUGACCCAUGUUGCUAAUUCAUUAAUGCUUUCUAAGUUCCCAGAGCAAAUUAGGAGAAUGCAUUUCCAACCAUUAUUUCCUGCAUUAUGGGUAGUAAGUAUAUACCGGUACCAAAAUUUCUCUAAAUGUACUGUAACAGUUUGCCCGGUGUCUCAUUAUAAGGUAUGUUUUCAGAUGUGGGUAUAGAAUGUAAAUGAAACAAAGUCUAACUAUAUACAUGCAAAGGAUAUAUCAUAUCUUACAUAUAAAUCAGGAAUCAAGUCCAUUCACCAGAUUUCAAAUUGAUGUUUACUAUUUUUGUGACAGUAUAAAGAACCUAUAUUGGGUGAAUUAUUAUUAUUAUUAUUUCAUGUGUUUAUCUAUUGGAUCUUUUGCAUGCUUUAAUCUGGUUAAUAUAUUUAAAUUUGCUUUUUUUCUUCUAUCUGAAGACUCUGUUUAUAGUAUUUUAUGAUACUGUUGUUAAGUUCAACUAUAUCAAUAAAAAGCAAGUUUGGACAGUAUUUAAAUAUUGCAAAUACUUUAAAUUAUACAAAUCAAAAGUUUAGGGCAACUAACUCAGUAAAAUUUGAGACGAGCCUCUUUCUAUAGCUAGCUUAGAAUUGCUCUUGCCUUUCAGUAAGCUAGCUUUUAGAAUAAAGGAUUUCAGAUGAGAAUCCUGUUAUUUUUAGGUUAGUAUAUGUUGUCUAAGUUAUAGCAGACUACCACAGUAAAGUGAAAUCUGCCCAGUGUCUCAUUAUAAGGUACGUUUUCAGAUGUGGGUAUAGAAUGUAAAUGAAACAAAGUCUAAAAUGCUAAAUUUUAUGGGUAAUGACUGCAAUACAUAUAAAUGUUAAAAACAAUGAGGUAUGCAUUACUGCCAUUAACUCACUGCACUUCAGUAAUUGAUUUCCAUCCUGAAUUUAUCAUGUAGAUCCAGUGUUUUUAUUUGUUUUGAUAAAAAGUAAUAUUUUAAAAUUUGAAAAUGAUUAUUGGUUUAAGAACUAUUACCCAGCUCUAAGCAUGUAAUAAUUGUGUACAUAUACAUUCAAAAUUGUAUGAAAAUGGCUCAGUAAGGUUUUGCCAAAACUUUUCCUUCAGAAUAUGAUUCCUUUUUGUAAAUUUAUUGCACAACCCUCUACCCCUUUCCCAUUUCAUGAAUAUAAGACUUCUGGAACUGGGCUGAUAGGGAAAGAAUGGUAGAAUUAAGACCUUACCUUUGUCUACUGGUAAACUAUUUUCUUGCUAAUAUAACAUUUAUAUGUUUCAAUAAUGCAAGGAUGUUAGGUUAUGAAUGUCAGCCUAAAUACUAAUUUUCAUUAAUAGCUCUUCUUUAACUUGGACAUUCCAAAAUUGGGUUUAGGAAGUUACUGUUAUUCUGGAAAUACAUUAACAGAAUAAUAAAAUAUACCAUGUGUACCCUCACCAAUUCAUGUUCCAGAAGAGGAAGUAUUCCAGAAAAUACUCAGUAGAGUAGUUAGUGGAAAAUAAUACAGAAUUUGCUUUUUCUUAGAAUGUCUUAUAAAAUGUUCAUGUAACAAAGUGACAUUGAGUACCUUGCAUUACAUCUGCCUUGUGUUUAUUUGCCAUCAGCUAAACUGCUAACACUAGGAGAGGACUGCAAACCCUUCAAGCAGUCUCUGACCAACUGCAGCAAGGCAGAGGGGUCAGCUAGCUUAUAUGGUGCUUAAGGUAUGAUUGAUGCAAUUUUCUGCCUUUACUAUUUGAAUUUAUUUAAGAACUUUGUCUCUGAAAGAAAGAUAAUAGCAUCCCCUGAUAUGCUCAUCCUACUCUGUUCAAAACCUGCUCCAUUUAGAAGAUUAUCUUGUAAUUUCAAGAAAGAGGUUUUCUAUUUAUUUAAGAAAGUGACAGUGUUAUCCUCAAAUUUCCAAUCAUUUUCUAGUGUUAAUAUUCUUAUUGUAAAGCUAUUACUACCUAAUGAGUAAUCAGAAAUUUUCCCCUUUGUGUAUUUCUUUAAAAUUCUUUGGAAAGUAUGAUGUUGAUAAUGAACUUACUGUUAUCUGCCAAAACCAGGGUACGAUGCUACAUGUGUUAUUGCUAGUUAAUUAGUGAUCUCAAAUCUAUUUGCCUCACUUGCUUGCUUUUGCCUAGCCGGAAGGCUGUAGCCUUGGAGAUAGUAAGUAGCAAGCACCAAGUCAGUUUUCAAAAUCGUCCAUCAGCUGCUUUAGGUGACUCCGCACCCUGCCUCAGCUUUAGCAAGCAUUAGUAAACUCACCCUAGGAGGAGUAGGGUGUAGGCCAGAAGAACUGUAGCUCCCCAGGCUUGCUGUGGAGUUGACGAGAAAAAAGGGGAGAAUUUAGUUUGAAUUUCUCUUAACUAGCCUCUCCUCUUUGGGUCAUCUUCUCCCUGAUAGCCAAAGGCUUCAAAGACCUGAUUCAAACUCUGGCACUAUCCUGAGUAAGAAGGAAAUUAAACAGAGGCAAAUCACCCAGUUAGGGAAUACCUAUACUCAGACCAGGGUUAUUUUUACUGCAUAAGAUUGUGAAAUUGGACUUACAAGCUUGAGACUCCUAUCUGAUAUGCAGGAGUCAAGGCCACUAAAAAAUUUACAAUUAAUAGCGACAGUUUUUAAAAAUACACUUCUCUGGAAAGUUAUUGAGGGCUGAGGGAAAAAAAAAUUCAUCCAUGUUUGUGUUUUUCCUGUAAAGAUCAAUUUGGGAUAUGCUAUAAGCAGGUAUUAAUAAAACUUAAACACCAAAGAGUUAUGUAAAACAUGUUCUGUUAAUUUUGGUCCCCCCUUUAGAGAUAUUUUUCUAUCCUGAAAUGAGUAACCUGUUUUCACAAAAAUAGAGCAUUAUUAAAAUGCUAUUUAUGUGAGAUAACCUGAAUGAUAUUCCUGCAAAAAAUACAUCAUAACUAAUGAUAUGUUUGUAAUAAUGGUGAUUGUUAGAUUUUUAUGAGAAAUUAGUAGCUGGAAAUAAUGUAGCAACACUUAGUUUAAAAUUUUGGACCUCAGAUACUGUGGCUGUCUAAUAUAAUCUUUAAAAAUUAUCUGCAUUGUCAGUAAAUGUGUACCUAUUGUACAGCUCUCAGUAAUUUUUUUAAAGUUUAUGAAAUUAUAUUUAUCCAAUAAAAAUUUCUUUUAUAA